AGUUGACCGAGGCACGUCGACUCGUCAGCCGUAUUUCGUGUUAGCUAUCGUGUUUGUGAGAUAAACACACCGGGCGGGACACUCCGAUUGAUUCUGUGACUGUUGUGUGAUGGAUCUGUGAUUCGAACUAUGGAGGAGGAGUCGAUGUCCGGACAUAGCUGUUCUGAAGACGACAUCAGUGUUGGGCGACCAUCGCCGGCACCGUCACGGUCACCGUCGCCCCAUGAUUAUUUUAGGCCAUUGAAACGGUUGAAGAUGGCCUCUGAGCCAGCGGAGGAGAGGCGUGGUGAAGGAGUGAAGAGUUUUUCUAUAUUGGACAUUUUAUCGCACAGUCCGCGGACGCCACCGCGCAUAGUGCGGCCAUGGGAUGCUUCUGGAUUCGAGCGGUUGCAGCGGUUGCAGCGCCUGGCGGGUGCAGCAUUACUGGACGGUGAACGGUGGCGAUUAGCGGCACUGGGUUUGCUUAGGCCGCGAGAAUUAGCGCCGGCGGAAUGCUGCGACUCUGCGUCUGAGAGAUCCUCAUCAGCAUCAGAUUGCUGCUCCGAACCCAGACGAGCACCGCAACAAGGCGGAGCUUCACACACACCCUUGGAUGCCCUGUUCCAUAUGACUAGCAAAACCUUCGAAGCGAACAAUGCUGACAGUGGAGAUGGUCAAUCAAAUCACCUAAACCUCUUCAACUCCCGGCCGCAGCCCAAAAAGAAGAGAAAAUCGAGAACAGCCUUCACAAACCACCAAAUCUUCGAAUUGGAAAAAAGGUUUCUUUACCAAAAGUACUUAUCGCCGGCAGACAGAGAUGAAAUUGCAAGUUCACUUGGUCUGUCCAACGCCCAAGUCAUCACAUGGUUCCAGAACAGACGAGCGAAGUUGAAACGAGAUAUGGAAGAGUUGAAGAAGGACGUUGAAAGUGCGAAAGUGCUCUCCGCUCACAAGAGUUUCCUUGAAAACGUAACAGAUUUGGGGAUUCUUAAGAAAAAGGCAAUGAGCAUAGGCGCUAGCGAGGAAGCGGCGACCAAUCUCGUUGUGAACGCGUCUAAAUGAAACGAGGCGCGCGCUAUUGCGCCCGAUGUCAACUACAGUCGACGACUACUCGAUUAUUAAUCGACCAAUACUCGACUAAUGGACUUAUGGUGACAUAGUUGUUUCACAUUCACAAAUUCUAGUAUUGCGUACUUUACUAUUUAAAUACGACUGUAAAUAAACCUUAGGAGUUACGUAGUAUAUUGUACAAAAUGAAGAUGCUUCGUUCGAAAUAAAUGUGAUAGUUGAUUUUAUUAUUUAAGUAAGUACUUAAUAUUUUAUAGAGAUUCAUUUAAAUUAUUUAUUGAGGCUAAUGUCGGCUGACGUAUCACUGGUUACUAAUUACAAUCUAGGCGUAUUAACUAUACCCAUUUUUAUGAAACAAAGGCAUUCAGAUUUAUUAUCAACAAUAUAUUUAACAGAAAACUUAGUCUUUUAAUAAUCACAAACCAUAAACUCAACUGUCAAAGAGAAAUAAAAUGUUAAUAAAAAUUGACACUUAGUCACGUUUUACAGCGUGCUAGAGACUUUGUUUUAAUAUUUUAUUUUAACGGUCUUUCUUGUAUUGAAAACAGCCUAAUGCUAUAUCAUAAAUACAUAAGUUAAAUAUAUUCAUGAAAUUUAAAUAUUUAUAAAAUAUCUUUGCUAAAAGUGUCACAUGUUGGUUUAGGCUGAGACCGCACUGGGCAAAACACGUAGGUUGAACUGAAAACUUAAAACCGCAUACAUUGCCGCUCACGUUUCAAGCCGGCUAAUGCGCUAGCUAGUAUGGAAGGCUAUGUGUUACAAACCGCAAAGAUUCAGACUUAUGUUCAAUUGCGCAUUGCGGCUCAGACCUUUAUAUUGCGUAAUCGGUAAUAAAUUUUUGAAUGGUCACGUAUAUACACAAGAUUUAUUUAAAUGUGCAAUAAUAAUUGGGCAUGCUUACGUCAGUCGAGUUAACCGUGAAUGUGUACAUAUUAAAUACUUAAAUGUAAAGGUAGUUUUCACUAGACAUAAUUAAUACAUUUUUAAUUAUUAAUGAGAAUCAAAAUGCUAAUAGUGAUCUUAUCUAAUUUAUAAUUAGUAAGGAUAGUUUUACUAAUUUUAAAUUAGCUCUAUCAUUGUAUUUAGCUACUAAUACAGCAAUGUCAGGGUUAAAUUAUCCAAACUUACAUUUGGCAGCUAUGAAAUUUGUGCCAACCCUUACAUGCGCUAAAUAAAGACAUUAUCGUACUUUUUAAAAUGAACAUUCGAUAUGAUUCGUCGUCUUACUCUUACUUGUGUAUUUUUAAAGCCGCAGAUAAGGAUAUGGCAUAAUAAAGUUCACAACAUAUGUUGGUUUUAAGAGAACCAUCCAGGACGGGAUUUAGUGAAAUUUUUACGUUGAAAAUCAAAAAUCUUUUCCUUGACCCUUUUUUGAAGGUAAUUUUUAGUUCAAAUAAACAAAGAUACAUAUAUGCCUAAAAUAUUUUCACGCUAUUUAAACUAAAUCAUUUCAUAGCUGUUCAAUUAACAUUGUGUACAUAAUUGUCCUGACUAAACCCGUGUUAAUGUCAGUUACUUUUCUAUAGUAAAUAUAAAAGUAAUUAAAAUUGUUAAUAUAAACCGUAUCUCCAUAUAUAUUUUCUUAGUUAAAAAAUAAAACUGUUUGUUUUAUUUUUAUUUUCUUUUUUUAAUCUAUCAUAGCUGGUUCCAAUCGUUUCUAUUACAGCAUUGUGAAUAAAUUAAUAUUUAAUAUUAUUUGUAUUCAAUAAUAAUCAAAAAUUAUUUCAGUGACAAUUUGUUCAAUAUUCUUAACAAAUACUUAUGUUUAAAUCAUCCAUACUUUUCACAAGCCAUCCUUUUUAUGUACUUAAAAAAAUGCCAAUGUUAUUCCUAUUUCAAUGUUUAUUCUGUUUUAUAAUAAAAUCCUAAAUAAUCAAAUGGGAUACUGUUAAUAAUUUGAUAAUAAGGUAAUACUACUUGUUCCUACUACGUUACAUACAUUACAUUGUUUCAGAAUGUAACUUUUAUACAAUGAAUCACUAGGCGACUAUUUGCCUAAACCAUGUGAAUAUUAAUUAAUGUAAAUAAACAAUUAUGUGUUCU